GCAAAAAGCCAUGGAUGAAUGAAAUAUAGAGAGAAAGAGGAAGGGUUUGUGUUUCAGUCUGUGAUUGAUUAGGUCUUCUUCUUCGACCUUUACACCUUCACUUCAAUCUUUACACUUUCACUUCAACAAUCCAAUUCAAUCCAAUCCAACCAACUCACCAUGACAGACUACGCGCAAGAACAAGAAAUGGAGAUCGAAGCAUUGGAAGCUAUACUUAUGGAUGAAUUCAAAGAAAUACAUUCAGGUGAAAGUGGUUUAAGCACUUCCAAUAGGUGCUUCCAGAUUAAAAUCACUGCUCAGGAGGAAGAUGGAGACGAGUCAAAUACUAAUCCAGCUCAACAACUGGCUUUGAUCUUCGCGCACACAGAAAAAUAUCCAGACGAACCUCCGCUUUUGAACGUGAGCAGUUUGCAAGGAAUAUCGUCUGAAGAUUUAAGGAUUUUGAAAGACAAACUUCAACAAGAGGCAUCUGAAAAUCUUGGCAUGGCUAUGAUUUACACACUUGUUAGCUCAGCUAAAGAGUGGUUGACUGAGCGGUAUUGUGAAGACUCAGAUGGUGAUGCUGAAGCAGAAGAGGCGGCCAAAGAAGAUAUAGUGGUACCCCAUGGAGAAGCAGUUACUGUUGAAACGUUUUUGGCAUGGAGGGAAAGGUUUGAAGCUGAACUAGCACUUGAACGAGCCAAGCUAAUGCCAGAGUCUGUGCUUGCUACUUCGAAGGAAAAAAAACUCAGUGGCAGACAGUGGUUUGAAAGUGGAAGGAUGAAAGGUGCAGCUGUUGUCACUGAAGAUUUGGAUGAGGAGGAUGAGGAAGACAUUGACUUUGAUGAUGAUGGGGAUUUUGAAGAUGAUGAAGAUGAUAUGCUUGAGCAUUAUCUAGCUGAAAAAUCGGAUUCAUCCACACAUUCUUCCAUGCGAGCAAGUUAAAUUGCAUAUGUAAUUUUAUUAUGUAGUGAUUUACAGCUUUCCUUGUUGUCUUUUGAGGGAGUUUCCAUCAUAAGGGGGAUUUGUUUUUGUUAUCAUUAAGGAAAGAGUAUUUAGCAGAUGUUUUUGGCGUGUGACAAUGUAUUAUGGAACAUUUUUGUUUUGUAGUUAUCGGCUAUAAAUUAUAUGAACACAAAGACUAAUGGGUGGACAAACUAUUCAACUAAAUUUGAAGUGAGAGAAUGAGAUGAGUUUGUUUCAUUAUGAACCAUGCAAAAGUAUAAUGCAAUAAAUCAAGAAUUUUCCCAUGUUUUUAUCUCA